GCUGUAAAGUGGCAGUGUAGACAAGGCCUCACUGGGUCUGUGCAGUGUGUGUGUGUGUGUGGGGGGAGGGGCUAUAUGCACACAGAAGAAGGCAACUUCUCUGAUGAGGUUAUUCCAUGUUUGUCCGAGGGAGGGGGGUGUCUGUGCAUCUUUGACUGAUCCCAGCACUGGGAGAGGUGGGAUACCUAACCCAGGUUGAUGGGCACAUGGGGCGGCUCUGAGAUGGUGGGGCAGGGGAGUAUGUGGGGCCGGUGGCUGCAUCUCCGUGCUGGACGAGCUAUCUCACUGUGGCUUUAUGUGCGGCUGUUCACCAGCUGCCCCACCCCAGAGGUGGCUGCAUCUCAGGGCCAGGAGAGCCAUCCCUGAAUAUCCUGCUCGGAAAGCCCUGUGGAGAGUAGCGGUAGCUGUGGGUGACGGGGGGGGGGGGGGAGCACGGCAGGGCCGGCUUGAGACGUUGCCCCCUCCACAGCCAGGCAGCUCCCCCCGCCCCCCAGGAGCCGAGCCGCGUCUGACUCCCAUUGGCCGCCUCCCUCCUCCAUGCGCAGCAGAAAAAGAGAGAGAGAAAAAAAAGCCUGUUCCAGCCCGCCCGCUCCCUCCCUCUCGGACUCUGCCGCAUUCGCUCCUGCGACGGGAGAGACCCACGGCUGCAGCAUGGCCACCCCCACCGAGGCACCUAGGCACGAUGGCCGUGGACACCAGGAUCCCUUCUCCUAUGACUAUGACACCCUGCGCAUGGUCGGCCUCGUCCUGGCCAUUGUCAUGUUCGUGCUGGGCAUCCUGACAGCGCUGAGUAAGAAAUUCAAAUGUAAAAAGUCCGACUCCAGCCUAUCGGAGGCCAGGCAACCGGGAAAGACCCCAACUCCAGCAGGCAGCGCGUAGGCCUGGUGCCUGGGAUGUAGCGCCCCCCUCUGGUUGGGGGGUGCAGACCCUGCUGCCCCCCCCUCGCCCAGGACGGCUCCAAGACCUCGGCUCCAGCGCCCGGCGACAUCCGUGGGGGCAGGGAAGGGGAAGCCCUGUUAUCUGAGCCCCCGUCUUUUAGAACCUCUGCCUCCAAUUGGCUGGCGAGCCCAUUGCAUGCUGGGAGCAGGCACCAUAUGCAGGGAGGGGGGGGUCCCUUAGUCUCACUUGGCCCCCCCAUCUUGAUCCACUGGGUCCCCUUCACUUCCUGUCCCCCCAGCGCAUGUGAUCCCCCCCAUGCCAUUACUGCUUUGCUUACGGCACCCCCCUCCCCGCUGCAUCGGGGGGGUGCUCCAUGUGGGGGGAAUGGCCACACACCACCAACACCCGCCCCCCCCAGGCCCAGUCACGGGCUCCACCUGGGCAGGGGGCCCUGGGCCAGCAGCUGGAUGCUGACAAGGUGCUGCUUUCGUGACGUGUUUUCAGCUGCCCCCAGGGGGCGCCACCCUGUGGCUGCCCCUCCACCCCCAUGCACGGGGCAGAGCAGACCUAGCGCUCAAUAAACAUAGGGUUGUUUCUUA